AUGUUCUCUCUGUCCAUGAUGGUGGGACUGGUCCCCAUCGUGUCCCUCUUCGGUUUGUUCUACUCGGCCGCGGUGGACGAGAACUUCCCUCAGGGCUGCACCAGCAGCAGCAGCCUGUGCUUCUACAGCCUGCUGCUGCCCGUCACCAUCCCCGUCUACGUCUUCUUCCACCUCUGGAGCUGGAUCGGCAUCAAGCUCUUCAGACACAACUAGGCUCCACCUCGUCUUCACAGCAGGACGGGAAUAACCAGCGAUCAUGUAAACAAAAACAUGAUUAAGCUUGUUGAUGGGACAGAGUCACUGCUGGAUCAUGUGCUGCAGAACUUUGUCUAAGUAGAAAUAAAUGUUAUUUGUGUUUGUUAAUAGAAGAUGGAUCACAGAUCUUACAUGCUUUGGAGGUGAAUAAAGAAAACAUGAAACAA